AUGGAGUCAUCUCCAUUGAAGAGCCGCGUCGGCUCAAUUCUGGGCGUGAAACGUCCUGCAACUCUAUUGCCUGCCUUUGAGCCAAGCUCUUCUCCCUCUCUUCCUCGGCCUCAAAAACGUGUAGCACGCGAACCCGAUGUCUCGACGUAUCCCACACCGGUCCCGACCUCGUCGACUCACAUCAUGUCAUCUUCUCCUCCUCCGCCUGGGGUUGCUGCCUGCCGUCCCUCCCUGCCACGGUCCUUCGCUGCCGCCCUCGAACGCGCUCCAUUGUCUGCCGUGCCUACGAUAAUGUUGUUGGAGAAUGGUGAGCCAACUCUGAUGGGCAGGUCCAGCGUCUCCUGUCACCACCAGCUUGCUGCAAGCCGUAUGAUCUCUCGUAUUCAUGUCAAGGCGACAUAUAAGCCGGCUCCAAACCCGUUCGAUCGGGAUAGGGUUGAAAUUGUGUGUAUGGGAUGGAACGGUAUUAAGAUCCACUGCCAGGGAAGGAAAUACGACUUGGCCAAAGGCAAGACCUUUACCUCCGACAUCAAGGAUGCCGACAUCAUGAUUGAUGUUCAUGAUGCCCGUGUUCUGGUCCAAUGGCCUCGCAGUGAACGAAGGGACUGCCCUUCUACCGACUCAGAACAGACCAGCGAUGAAGCCACCCCCACCCAACGACGUCAAUCCCGACGAGAGCUGCAAGAAAGUCCGCUUCUGGAUCGCCAACGUCUAGCGUCGCCUGUCUCUCCUUCUCCUGCUGCUCAACAUGCUAUCCCUCCAUCUUCUCCAAUCUUCACACCUUCUCGUUCUCGCGCGGCUGUGGUAGUGUUCGAGGAUGAGCCUUCUCCCUUGAAGCGUCACAACACCGUCACUGGAGUGACCUCCCAGAGUGCUCGGCGUGCUACUGCUAUUCUUCACAGCUCGCACGCCAGCGAGCUAAGCGAUUUGGGUAGAUCCGAAGAGUUUUCCGACAAUGACGAAGAGAAUGACCCUAUCGUCCACUCUUUUGGACCGUUCGGAGAGAAUCUUCUUCCUCGCAUGGCUUCUUUCCGGGCAGGAGAUUCGCCAAUUCAGAGUGCUCGUUCUCCUCGCAGCCUGCUGCCCGCCCAAGCUCUCCAGCCAGCCCGAUCCCCUAGACAGCAAGCCCCACUCCACGAGGACAAGGAACCUGAGACGACCGAAACCAAGCCCCAGUAUAGCGAUGAACGAUCGGAGAGAGUCCGCAACCACGCUGCUAACCAACUUGCUUUCUCCCGCCUUUCCUCAACGCCAUUCUCCACGAUCCUGAAUAACCUCCCUCCUGCGUACUGGAAGUCCAGUCAUGAGAACCCCAUUGGGCUCUCCAGGUCUGAUAUCCGCAACAUCCUUGAAUCAACCAAGUUUAUUGGUCGAGUUGCCCGUGAAGGCAAGGAUGCCGCUGGCAAGCCGCUUGAAAGUGAAUAUUACUAUGUUCCCGAUGAAGAUGAUGAUGUUAUGCGUCGGUCUGCUGUGGUCGAUGAUCUUCGCAAGCCCGGCUUGCGCAACUGUCGGAAGCAGCACAAGCAAUACUUCUGGCGUAAGCCCAAAUGA